AGUAAGUCGAUUAUAUACGGUUAUUUCAGAUAAUUAGUCAAAUAGUGUGAAAUUUGAGUGACAGCGACGCGACAGUGUGAUCUGAUUAAAUCGUGGAAGUAUCCAUAAACUAGACAUAGUAACACGAGACUCUAUAUGGAAUAAUGUGAGGAUGACGUGAUCUGCAUCAUCAUCUUUCCUUUGAAAUUAUCACUAGUCAGCAUUAUACAAACUGUGUUAUCGCUGGGAAUUCGAAGGUCUGUGGAGAACCUGUGGAUACGAAGAAAAAUAGUAUGUUGCCACCUACGACCAAGGAUUUGAAUCCAAAAUAUUCCAAGAAUCUCAUAGAGGUUUAUCGAAAAAGAUGGUGGAUUCUCUUUAUAUACAGCCUGUAUGCAUCUGGCAAUGCAUUUCAAUGGAUAGAAUACCCUAUUAUCACUAAUAGCGUGAUGAAAUAUUAUGGUGUGAGUUCCUUGAUGGUAGAUUGGACAUCAAUCAUCUAUAUGGCUGCCUAUCCUGUUGCUGUAGUACCGGUGUCAUACCUAAUCGAAGUCAAAGGACUGAGGGUUGCAGCUUUAUGCGGUGGAAUUGGGACUGCAUUAGCUGCAUUCAUAAAAUUAUUCGCCAUCAGAAGAGAUCUAUUUCAUUUGGUAUUGCUGGGGCAAGCAGUUGGAUCAACAGCUCAAGUUUUCAUUAUUUCUUUGCCCACGAAAGUUGCUGCAGUGUGGUUCAAGCCUAGUGAGAUAUCAACAGCUUGCGCCAUUGGAGUAUUCGGAAACCAGUUUGGAUUUGCACUUGGGUUCAUCAUUCCACCAACUAUAGUGAAAAGUGAUGACGAUAUAUAUUCAAUUGCAUCAAAUCUGUGGAAAUUAUCUGUGGGAACGGUCAUUUACAUGGCUCCUAUCAUAAUAUGUUUACUAUUCUUUUUUCCAAAGCAACCACCUUUACCUCCUAGCUAUCUACAAGCUGAAGCGAGAAAGCAGCUUGCACCGACAUUUAGCGAGUUCAUGGAUAAUUUUAAAAGAGUGCUCAUGAAGAAAGGAUUCAUCUGCCAUUGUCUAGCAAAUUCGCUGAACUAUGGGAUAUUUUCGGUUGUGGGGACGCUUCUGAAUCAAUAUGUUCUUCAGCAUUUUCCAAAUGGCGAAGAAGAUGCUGGUCGAAUGGGGUCCAUCUGUGUUAUAUGUGGAAUGAUUGGUGUAAUCCUUUGUGGAGUUAUUCUAGACAGAACUCACCGAUACAAGGCAACAUGCUUGUAUCUGUUCUACAUGAGUAUUCUAUCCCUGGCAUCGUUCAUCGUAGCUCUCUGGCAGCAAAGUAUCCUAUUCACUUACAUAUUAUUAUCAAUAUUCGCAUUUUUCAAUAACUCGAACAUCACAGCAGGAUUCGAAUUCGCCGUGGAACUCACAUUUCCAUAUGAAGAAAGCACUGCCACUGGAAUUCUGAAUGCAGUAUCGCAGGCUUUCGGGAUUAUCAUACUCCUAACAGCAGGAAAAAUCAACGGGGAGUUUGGUUCUCUCUGGUCCUUGACAUUCCAACUUAUUCUCAUAAUGUUUGCAGCCUUCUUGACACAUUUCGUGCCCAAUAUUAUGAAUAGACAAAAUGCUCUCGCAGAAGACAAUAUCAAAACAAAUGAAUAUGUUGUUGUCCCCAGAUUUGAGAAAUAAUUAUUGAGUUGUUAGCUAAUACGUGAAAUUAUAUAAUAAAGUAUUAUAAUU